AUUGUAUUGAGAAGACAGAAUUGUUCAGGUGAAUCUUAACGAAUUACAUAAUACAGUAACAUGUAAAAAAUUCAUUGGGUAUCAUAAAUCGUUUGAUUGAAUAAAUACAAUUACAAAUACCAUUCACCCUUAUCGCAAAGUGCAAUGUUUAUUUUUCACGUAAAUCCAUUUUGUUUACAACGGAGUAUUUCGAAAGCUGCGCCGCUACGAUUCUUACGCCAUUACUCUUUUAAUAUUAAUUUGAAGAAAAGGAGUGUUGGGUCUGCAGUUUUUUGUGCAGAUCAAGUAAGCAAGAAUUUAAAAAAAAAUUUCCUUUCGAGUGUGAGAGCAUCGUCGACGACAAUGAGUGAAAACACUUCGCAGCAUAUUUUACCAAAUGACCAACCAGUAGCUUACUUAGAUUGCGAUACUGCAUUUCGUGCAUUGACAGAGAAGGAGAAAUUGUAUGCUCAUUAUCUAAGCCAAGCUGCUUGGAACGGUGGUCUUAUUGUAACUCUACAAACUUCUUCUGAAUCACCAUUAAUAUUCGCCCUUCUACAUAAAAUUUUCGUAUCUGAAACUGUGGAUGAAUUGAAACAGUCUGCUCUGAAUGCUGGCCUUAAUGAAGAUCAAUUUACAGCAUUUUUAGUAUACACUUGCGGAAUCUUUGCAAAUGCAGGUAAUUACAAGGCCUUUGGAGACACUAAAAUAAUUCCUAACUUGCCCAAAGAUAAAUUUGAAGCUGUUGUAAAAGUUUCGAAGGCAUAUAAAAAUGAUUCCGAAACUGCUAAUGUGAUUUGGAACAAAAUUAAGGAUAUAAUGUAUUCCUUAGAGGGAAAAUUGAAAUCUUUAGGAUUAGGCGAGAAGGGAAUUACAACUUAUUUUUCUGCCAACUGUACAGAAAAAGAUGCACAGUUAGUGAACAAUUUUAUGCAAAGCAAAGGGCUGGAAUCUUACAAUGCAAGAUGUUUUAAAACGACAAAUAAAGGAGAUAAUAUGGAUGUAUACGAAAUUAGAUUAGCUUCAGUGAAGACUGAUGAUGAUCCUGAUAUCACAUUAUCAGAAGAAGUAUUUAAGAAUGCUAAGUUCAAAAUUACAAGAGGAGAUUACAGCAAACUACUGAUUCCGGUUGUUGAUAAUCUUGAAAAAGCGAAAGAGUACGCAGCGAAUGAGAAUCAAAAGAAUAUGUUAAACAAAUAUAUAGAUAGUUUUAGUAAAGGAUCCUUGCAGGAUCAUAAGGACGGUUCGCGUUUUUGGAUUAAGGAUAGAAGUCCUGUUAUUGAAACUUACAUAGGUUUCAUUGAAACGUACAGAGAUCCAGCGGGUCAGAGAGGCGAAUUCGAAGGAUUCGUCGCUAUGGUGAAUAAAGAAGUAUCGAAGAAAUUUGCUGCAUUAGUGAGCAAUGCAGAGAAAUUUAUAAGCAAACUCCCUUGGGGUGAAGAUUUUGAGAAAGAUAAAUUUCUAAAACCCGACUUUACAUCGUUAGACGUUCUAACAUUUGCAGGAUCCGAUAUUCCCAGUGGUAUCAAUAUCCCUAAUUACGAUGAAAUUAGGCAAUCGGAAGGAUUUAAGAACGUUUCCUUGGGCAACGUAAUCCCAGCAAGCAUGAAAUUGAAGGUGAUACCGUUUUUAUCCGAACAAGAUCAAAUUUUUAUGAACACUUAUAGAUUAGAUGGUUUCGACGUGCAAGUUAGUUGCCACGAGCUUCUUGGUCAUGGGACAGGUAAACUAUUGAGGCAACUCGAGGAUGGCUCGUAUAAUUUCAACAAGGGAGAAGUAAAAAAUCCGCUAACUGGUAAACCAGUAGAUAAAUUCUUUCUACCUGGUGAAACGUAUGAUUCAAAGUUCGGUCCUCUGGGUUCGGCGUAUGAGGAAUGCAGAGCAGAAGCAGUCGGCUUGUAUUUAGUUCUAGAGAAGGAUAUACUCAAAAUAUUUGGUCACGAGGGCUCAAAGGCAGAUGAUAUAAUAUACGUGAACUGGUUGGUCCUAAUGUGGGUUGGCUGUGCAAAGGCUUUAGAAAUGUAUCAACCAUCGACUAAAAAAUGGUUACAAUCUCAUUCGCAAGCGAGAUACGUUUUGCUCAGAGUUUGUUUGGAGGCUGGCGAUGGUUUCGUUAACGUAAUCGAAUCUGAGCCCAGAAAGAAUCUGCUACUAACCGUUGAUAGAACGAAAAUUUCAACAGUAGGGAAAAAAGCGAUCGGGGACUUCUUAACUAAAUUGCAAGUUUACAAAAGCACAGGCGAUGUCGAAGCAGCUACAGAAAUGUUCGAAAGAUACAGCGAUGUACCUGAAACGGGGCCGUAUCCAUGGGCUCGUUGGAGGGACAUAGUUUUGGCUCAUAAAGAACCCCGAAAAAUAUUUGUGCAGGCUAACACGUUUGUAAAUGAUAAGAACGAGGUGCAACUGAAGAACUAUGAACCCAAUUUUGCUGAAUUGAUUCAGUCUUGGGUAGACAGAUUUCCUUCUACAGAAAUUUCCAAAACUCUCAUUGAACUUUGGGAACAAGAUAAACAACAUUUCCCGCUUUAAUAUAAUUAAACACAUAUACAUCCAACAAUAAGUAACCUCAGAAACAUUCGUUAUAUAUUUUUUUCUACGCAUAAUGUAAUAUAUAUAUUAUAUACGUUCAUAAAUAUUAUACCUCCGAUUAAA